AUGGAGAGUACCGCAGUUGUGACUCCUUCUACCUCGAGGCUUGCUCCUCCAAUGCUACACCCAAGAUCUGCCUCGAGAACAAGAUCCCCAAAUAGAUCUUCCAGUCGAUCACAUAUUGCCGAUGACCUCCUAUCCGACCUCACUCCCACCACAACCCUGCAAGCUUUCACUACACCCACAGGAAAACUGAAGACGAGCAUAGAAGCUGCUUCUCCUGCGGAUCGAGCAUUUGGCAUACGAGCAACGUUAGCAUCCAAGAAGGUACAAGAAUGGUUGGAUGAAUUAUCAGAUUGGCCAUGGCCCACAACUGGGGGAUCAGCAGGAUUCGAAGCUCCUGUCUCUUCGAGGAAAAUAAAAGUGUCACUACCAAAGUCGGAUGAUGAAACGGAACAACAGAAUGAAGAAGAUACAGAGCCGCAAUAUUGUGGGAGUCUUUUAUUCGACCAGGUUGUACGAUAUGAGUAUCGGAUAGAAGAAAUUGGAGAAGGUAUGGAUGAUUUGAAGGUGGAAGAAAUCAAACGACGGGUCUUAGAUACACACUUCUCUGCGAAUUCUCGGCCUUCCUCUUCUACUAUUGCCAUGCCGGCUUUCCUUGCCUCGUAUACGAUGAUGGAUGAUUUCACAGCUUUAGUGACAGCCACGGUAUUGCAGGCAUUACCGAAUUUGGCCAAAUUGACGCGUUUAUUGGAUAUAUGGGGUAUUCGUCUAUCUGUACUUCGAAGAGUGCCGCCUUUGUUACUGGGGUUGGAUGAUGCGGAGAUGGCGUUACUUUCGGGAUGGCAGGCUAUAAAGAUGGCAGGGACAAAUGCUACUGGUUCUGAUGGAAUGGGAGAUAUGGUUCUUUCUCGCCAAACUUUCGAAGUCAUGAAAAAUGUUUUACAGGCCAAAGUUACGAUUCUUGGAAGAGAUCUAGAUUACAUGCUAGAUACUUUAGAAGGCAGGAUGGAUACCUUACCCGAUAGCUGGUUAGACAGGAUGGAAAACCUCGAACGGGAUUAUGGCGAAUGGGUCGUUUCAGCAGAUCGUAAAAUUACAGAUGGAGAAUUGGCCGCAAUUGCGACUAAACAGGCCGCAAUUGAUGCGGCGCGGGCAGAAGAUGCUAGAGCUCUAUCAACAUCUGCGACUGAAAAUGACCCAAUGGGAGGGAACGUGAAUAGUCACGAAGUGGAGCCCACGACUCCCCUUCAAACGGAGUCUAUUGGGAUCUCCCAUGGAUUGUUGUCAACACCAGCGAAAACACCAAAUCCAUGCGCUGCUCAAGUUCCAGAUCGCGAAGCUACGCAAACUUCAAUUUCGAAAAGCCCAUCUCCUCCUCAAACACCCUCUCCAUUAUUAGAUUCUCAUCACUUACAACAAGUUGGCAUCAGUGCGCUUUCACGCACCCCAUUAACUCGUUCGUCUAGCGUCAGGAGCUUCACCAAAGUUCCCAAAUGCGGACAUACUUUCGCAAAUGCAUUGAGACGUACCAUUUCGAAUGACGAAUCACCACAAGCCUCGAGUCAUGAUCUACACGUUACAGCUCCAAGAAUUUCUAUACGACCAUCAUCGGCGAUUAUUGAUACAUUUCCCAGUCCAACGAUGAAGUCCCCUACAGAAUCUAGACUGCCAAGAUUGCGUAGUUCGAGCUCACCACAUAUCAUCGGAAUGGAACGGGGAUUAUUCUCUUCCAAGGAUUCAAUUACUUCUCCCAAGAAGAAUUCCCUCUUGAAUGCGCCAGCUUCUAGCAUUGCUUUAGCGAAACAGCUGGGCAUUUCUUCUACAUCCCUCGAAUCGGCACAAAUUGGUCAUGUGAAAGGCCAGAAUGUAAAGGCACCAGCAUUUUUAUCUAGCGCGUCUCAAAAUCCUACAAUAGCGAGCAGUGAUGGUGCUUCAGAAAGUGCUCAAAGGCUCAGUCCUGACGGGAUGGAAUUCGACAUUUUAGAUGCACAGAUGGGAGCACGCAGACCUUCCAUAAUUGUCGAUGCUUCAGAUGAUUCACUCUCGGACCGUUGCGAAUCUAAAAUGACUCCAGAGGCUAGUCCAAGUCCUGUCGAUCAUGACUCUGAUGGAGCAUCUACAGUAACAUUUGAAGAUUCUCCCCUUCCACGAAAAUGGUCACAUGAUCUUCAGAAAUAUGACAACACUCCACCUGGUUCUCCACCAGGAGCUCCAACCAAAGCUCUACGUCGCCCUCCUCAACUUCUCGAAAGUCCCGAUUUCUCCCACCUAAUCUCCACACCCGAUUCUUCUUUUUUUCCUAGUGGCAAUGCUCUCGAAUCUAUCCCUGCCUCGCCCGUCAGCAACAACAGCGAUGACCAAAUGCAACAACAAAUUAGUUCUUUACUUCAAUCAAUUCCAGCACAUAUUCGGCUUCGCUCCGAACCAGAAGAAAAGUCAGAUACUAAAGGAAUUCGUCCUCGGAAGACUCGUCGCUCGGUUACUCCCUCAAUGCCUGCAGUUCGUUCGCAAUCUUCAAUUGGCAGCUUACGUGCCCCAACUCCAUCAUUUACCCUCGCUCCUGCGUAUGCAAAGAGUGGCACUCCGCGUCACAGACCUCAGAACGGUAAUCCAGAGAUUAAAGUUUAUCAUUUAUCUAGGUCAAGUGGUGAAAAGCCAAUUAAGCUUUUUGUUCGCUUAGUGGGUGAAAAUGGUGAGAGAGUCAUGGUACGUGUUGGAGGUGGUUGGGCAGAUCUUGGAGAAUAUCUCAAAGAAUACGCAAGUCAUCAUGGACGAAGAGCGCCAGUUGAUACCGAUAAAGUUGAGGUUCAAGAUUUACCAUCACGUAUUCCAUCUGGUGGUUCUACUGUUCGUGAUAAUGGACGUACCACGCCUGGACCUGGUCGUAACACACCCGGUCCACGUUCUGCAUCUGCGAUGAGUGUUCGUCCAUCAACUGCCGUUGAUCGACCCAAAUCAUCUCUUGGUGUUCGCAAAACGAGAAAAUCUACAUUCUCUUCUUCUGAUGCGGUGCCUCCUCUUCCAGCUACACCAUUUGCUGAAGUUCAACGUGAAGCAGAUACCAAUCAGACCCCUCAAUCAGCAGUGUCUAGAAGUUCAUCAAGAUUGGAUUGGAAUGAAGACGAUACUUCAUUAGGUCUUGCUGGACCAAGAGGUAAACAAAAGGAAUUGGAUCAGAAAGAUCUUGAAUGGGUUGAAGGUAUGAAGGAGAAAGUCAUGCUGGCAAGUACGGAGAAGGAGAAAGAGAGACGUAAGGGCGGUCAUAGACAAAGUCUGGGCGAGAUGGAUAAGGUUGGAGGUACUAAGAGGUUGUUUAGAAAAACUUCAAGGUUAGAUCUAUAA